GUUGAGUAUCCUGUGAAUUCUAUGACCUGAUAACCCAUGGAGUGUGUACGACCAAGGACCUCGUGUACGACUUACAAAUAAGAGCCAGCGUCCGUACAGCUAUGCUCACACCGACUGGGUACUUUAGUCUCGCUAGAAUGCUGGUGUUUGUCCUGCUCUUAGUCGGCCUUGUGCCAGACUUCACGGACUCCACCAUACUACAUCAAAGCUUUAAUCCGAGAAGAAAUGUUCGGGAGCUGCUAACACGUACGUCCGAAUCACUUGGUAAUGAGUACUUCACCAAACGCUUGCCUCGGUCUAUCAAACCCCUCCACUACCUCAUCAAACUUCAGCCUUUGAUCAACGGCAACUUCAGCAUCCUCGGCUACGUGGAGGUGGAGAUGGAGGUCCUGGAACCGACCUCCAACAUCACACUCCACAUGGCCGACAUCAUCACUAAAAAUGACACUUUCAAGGUUUCAGCUCUUGGGAAGAGAGGGGGUCAGACCGUGAAGAUCAAGAAUGCUCGGUAUGACAACAAGGCUCAAUUUCUCGUCCUGCGCCUGGAGGAGACGCUGGCGAGAGGGGAGAACUACGCCUUGGCCAUGGAGUACGUCGGGUAUCUGAACGAGUACCUGUAUGGCUUUUACAGAGCGGACUACGUGGAUUACGACGGCAGUAUCAAGUACAUGGCCGCCACGCUAUUCCAGCCCACGCACGCCCGCCGCGCCUUCCCGUGCUUCGACGAGCCGGCCCUGAAGGCGACCUUCGAGGUCCACCUGGCGAGGGAGACCUGGAUGACGUCACUCUCCAACAUGCCCCUCGCCGAGACGCGACCUAUAGAAGGUCAGGAGGGCUGGGUGUGGGACCGCUUCGAGAGGAGCGUCCCCAUGUCCACCUACCUCGUCAUCUUCAUCGUGUCGGAAUUCACCUACGUCAACGUCACUGACGGUGGCCACGUGCCAUUCAGAAUGUUUGCACACCGGACUCGCACAGACCAGCUGAGUUACGCGAGCGAGGUCGCCCCCAAGAUUCUGCGUUUCUUUGAGGACUACUUCGACUCCCUUUACGUGCUCCCGAAGCUAGACAUCUUUGCUUUGCCGCAGAGUAUUGUGCCUGGCAUGGAGAACUGGGGCCUGAUCACCUUCGGGGAAUCUUACCUGUUUUACGACCCCGACGCGACUUUACCACAGAACCUGGAAUUCACGGGGAGUCUGAUAGGCCACGAAUUGGCUCAUAAUUGGUUUGGAAAUUUGGUGACGCCCGCCUGGUGGGAUGACCUCUGGCUCAACGAAGGCUUUGCCACUUACAUGGGGCACGUCGGCUUGGAUCGGGUGAUGCCAGACUGGAAAGUUAUGGACACCUUCGUCGGCAGGACCCUCCAGAGGUCCUUUCUUGUGGACAGUCUAGAGGGGUCUCACAAGGUCAGCAUUUCCACUGCCGAGGUCACUGACAUCAUGCAAAUCUUCGACGCCAUAACAUACUAUAAAGGAGCCUCUGUUGUCCGGAUGCUGCAGCAUUGCCUCGGGGAGGAAACCUUCAUAAGAGGACUGAACAACUACUUAAAAGCCUUCAAGUACAGCAAUGCAGUUCAGGAUGAUCUUUGGGAAUUCCUGACGGUCGCCGCCCACCAGGAUAAGGCUCUGGCAAAGGACCUCUCUGUCAAGAUGAUCAUGGACACGUGGACGCUGCAGAAGGGCUUCCCCGUCAUCGAGGUGAUCAGGAGCAUUGAUGGCGCCUUGCCCUUCGUCACUCAGAAAAGAUUUCAGUCCGAAAAAAACAUGCUCAAAGACACACACGACUACAGGUGGAUGGUUCCCCUGACGUACACGACCCAGAGCGAGGCCAACUUCAACCAUACUCAGGCCAUGGUGUGGAUGAAGGACUGCGAGGAACAUAUAAACCUCGCCUCUCUUCCCAUGAAGGACCAGUGGGUCAUCUUCAACCUACAGGAGACGGGCUACUACAGAGUCAACUAUGACGACCACAACUGGAACCUCCUCAUCCAGCAGCUGAAAGACGACCAUGAAGUCAUCCACGUCAUCAACCGGGCACAGCUUAUUGAUGAUGCCAAUGCUUUGGCAGAAGUAGGUUACCUCGAUUACAAGAUCCCUAUGAAUAUACUUUCGUACUUGCGGAAGGAGAGCGACUACCUGCCGUGGGCUGUGGCGAUCAACAUUUUCAGUUCCAUGACGAGUUUGUUUAAUGACAGACAAGAAUAUGGCGCUCUUAAGCAAUUUAUUUUGGAGCUGGUGCUGACGCUGUACAACGAAGUGGGCUUUCAUGGCAGCGUCGAGUCCCCUUUUGUGAGCCAGAAGAAGCGGAAGAUAGCCGUGAGCUGGGCGUGCAUUCUGGGCCACAAAGACUGCUUACAUCGCGCGAGAAAAUUCUAUAGGCAAUGGAUGUUAAACCCCGCCCAUGCAAAGACAACGGCACCUAGCUUGAGACCCAUAGUUCUCUGCCACGGCAUCGCUGAGGGAGGCGCUGCCGAGUGGAACUUCGCGUGGAACAGGUACCUGAACGAGACAGAUCAGGCCGAGAUAUAUCUGCUCUUGUCCAUCAUGGCUUGCAGCAAAGACGCCGAGACACUGAAGAGAUACUUGGAGAUGGUUGUUGACCCAGAAACCAACGUCAAGACGAUUGACCUGACGACUGUCUUCAUUAGCAUCGGGCAGAACGAACUGGGUCGCCGCCUAGUUUGGGAUUACUUCACGGAGCAUUGGAAUGACCUCUUCUCCACCUGGAAGGCUUUGAGAGGAGAGGUAUUGACACGGUUGACAUACUUCUUCAAUACGAGGCAGGAACUGGAGGAUAUGGAGCUCUUCCUGAACAACGAAAAGAUAGACAAAACGGACAGCGAGUUGAAAAUCGGACAUGCGUUGAAGAGGGCAAGGCACAACCUGGCGUGGAUGGAGGCCAACUAUGGCUUCAUAAAGAGGUGGCUGGAGGAGAAUGGCUACUCCUCGAAACCGCUCUGAGUUCCAACAGUUGACUACUUGUACAAACCCAGAAGCUCAUUCGAUUGCUGGCUUCUGUAGGUUGCAUAUUUUCUUGUAAGGACUUUUCACCGCAUUUCAAUAAUGAAACGGAGUUGACACGAUUUUUGCGUGUCCAAAGCACGAGGGCGUUCUUUUGAGUGUUAUUUUAUCGUACUCGAAUCUACGUGGAUACGUAAUUUGUGUACAUGCAUUCUGUAACACACACAUAAACGCGCGCGCACGAAUGGAAUGUUGUAAUCAUAUAAUGCAACAUUUUAAAAAGAUGCGUUAGCAACAUGAACAGCAAAGCCCUGGAACGGAUAAUAUAUUAUGAGCAAAUGUUAACUAAACAAUAUUGAAUAGUCUCACAGUCGCAAAUAAAAAAAUCUAACAUGACCUAGCAACUGAUUUUAGUAAGCUUAUUACUCGACUGUCUAAAUGGUGAUUACUGUAGAAAUAAAUAUAUAUUACAACUAACAAUAAUGCCUCGCUAAAAUUUUAAAGAUUAUCUAGACAAACAUUCAAUUUUUGAAGGUGGACAAAGUGAGAACCAUAGAACAAUUAUGGAAUACCAUUUACAAAUAUGAUAGCAGAAAGUUAAAAAUAACAACAAUGUAUGAAAUCAACAAAAACUCGCACACUAUUGGAACCUGUUGAAUCAUCUUUUGGAUUUGCAUCAGUCUGUAUGCUUCUAUCUUAAUACAAUAUGAUACACUCUGGCCAGCCAAUCAGAAUGCAAUAUUUGAAGCUGUAGUGUACCUCUUAUUUUGCAACGAGGGUCUUGCAGAGUAUGACUUUCGAACAGGUGGCCGUUUUAUAGAAUGGUAGCAAGGCGUGUUAUUACAGCACAACCUGCUCGUCACUGAAGCCCUGAAAAAAAAUAUGUAGAAUUUAUUCUACAUAUUUCAACUUCUUCAUUUUCCAUUUCUUUCUAUUCAUAUUGUUAAUUUUAACUGUAUUAUCCAUUCUAAUAUGCUCUUAUCUACUAUGUAUUUUCAUAGUGCCCUUACUUUUUUCUUAAAAGUAAUUGAAAGUAAAUAAAAUUACGUCCUUCGUACAUUAUUGAUUACACUAAUAUUGGUAAGUGCUAUUAGGAAGCAUAUUGUCGGAUUUUCUAUUUCUGUUGAAAGACGGGGUAUCGAUGUAUGGCAAUUAAUAAAAUAGGUGUAUUGG